AGCAGAUCCGAUUUGAUCGGGUCCCGCAUCUGAAGCACCGCAUCGCCGAUCAUGGAUGUGGCGCUGGCUGCAUCGGUACGCCUGCAUUCAGCGGCGGCUCUACAGGCUCGCAUGGAGAGCCGGCUCGUAUCCAACCAGCGAAAGCAGAGCAGAGCAGCACACUACAAACCCGAGACAACCGAUAUCAGACACACCAGUCGAGACGAGGCAAGCGGACUCCGAUGCACGUACUGGGCUGAUAUGGAACAAGUGCGUGGACACAUGGGAAUGAAUGCGGAUGUGCGCACAACAGCAAGCUCUCGUCGGCCCCUUCUUCAUUAUCACAUUUUCCUUGUAUCGGAUGUCCCGGCUUGCCAUGUAGACUCUUGGCGACGGCAUACUUGAAACUGUCAAUUAUUUUCUGUUGCGGCCACGCAGCCUGCCAUUGCCGACUGUCUGAUGAUGGCACCAAUGCUGACCACUAUUGCUUCUGCUACGCGUGUGUGCUGCUUGCCUGACACUAAGUGCAUAUA